GAAGAAAGGGAAGGGAAGAGAAGGCGACCAAGAUGCACUUGACGAAGCCGAUCCGUUCGACCGGCCGUCGUCUGGAUCGUGGCGGCUCUCAUUGAUCAUUCCUCGGUGGCCUAGGCGGGGUGCGUCAGCCUUGUCUGUAGAUACCGACAUUGUGAUAGAGAGAAGCGUCAGUUGUUCUGACGUAAUAACGCACUCAAUCUAGGAAGAAACGACGAUGAGAUCCGGAAGGAGGCAGAGCACUGGCCAGCGCUGAACGACGGAAAGUACACAGUGCAGCCGGCACAAUGGAGGGCGUACGGAUACUGGGCGCGCCCGGCCAUCGGGACCGUGAUCGUUCGAAACGCCACGCCGCCCGUCGUCCCUCGCGAACUGAGUCCCCGGGAGAUCGAAAGCCUGAUGCGCACGGUGAGCAGCAGCAAGGAGCCGCUCAAGUGGAUAUCCCGCCUCGAGCACCCCGCGCUGCCGCCGCGCCCGGAGCUCUGGGCCACCCCGCCCCUGAUCCCCAGACAACUACCGCCGUCCGCGCUCCAGCUGAACCCCUUCCUGCAGCACCGCCCGUUCGGGCGCCCCCCCGUGCUCUUCGACAUGCGCCUCUUCACCGCGGACAUCCUCCUCGGCGAGCUGCCGCGCGAGGAGGGCGACGAGCGGCCUCUCCGCGCGGACUUUGAGGAGUGGGGCCCGGACGGGAGCCAGCCCGCGACGUGGCCCGGCGUGCCAUCAUUAUACAUCAGCGCGCUCGCAGACGACGCCUUCCCAAAGUUCCCCUGGCCCAUCCUCGUCAUCCCGCACCACCCGAGCCUGCCCGUGCUCGUGCGCCACGUGUUCAACGCGCUGAUCGCCAACUUUGAGGAGCGCGUGAAGGAGGACGAGAUGGAGGCCUUGUCGGAGGAGCGGCGCGGGCUCGUCACGCGCGCGUACUAUACCAGGCUGGAGACCCGCGUGGGCGGACGGCUCCCUGGGGACGAGGACGGGGUCAGGAGAAUAGACUAUCUCGGCGAUCAAGUGUACUUCAGGGGACUGGAGCCUGCGCCGGACGGGGACGGGUUCAUGAUGUUCGUCGGAUCAGCGUAGGAGAUGCAGUGCCGUCGGAGUUCUCAGGGGAGGGCCUGUUCUAAUUGUCUUUACGGGUCUUGUGCUGUAUGAUAGGUUUCAUUGGAGGCUCAAAGUGUAUUUCACCGAUGCUCCAUGCUGGUUCCCAUGAGAACCAGAACAUGAACUGUUGCAUAC